CUUAAAUCAGUAUCACUGGAAGCUUUCAUAUUUAUAUGAAUUUUACAAAUUCAGCUCAUUUCAGUUUCUUUCCGAAUUAAAAUAAAUGUCAAGAUUAUAUUUUAAUAAGGAAUACAUGUCUCUGCUGUAUUAAAAUGAAUUACUUACCUGGAACUGCAAGUUUAAUUGAAGAAAUUGAUAAGAAAUUGUUAGUUGUGUUAAGAGAUGGAAGAACUUUGAUUGGAAUUUUACGCAGCAUAGAUCAGUUUGCAAAUUUAGUACUUCAUAGAACAAUAGAAAGAAUACAUGUCGGCAGGAAAUAUGGAGAUAUACCUAGAGGAAUCUUCAUUGUUAGAGGAGAGAAUGUUGUACUACUGGGAGAAGUGGAUGUUGAGAAUGAAAAUAGUUUACCUUUAGAUGAAGUACCAAUAGAUGAGAUUUUAGAAAUGCAGAGGGAAGAACAGAUACAGAAACAGUUAGAGGAGGAAAGAAAGAGGAAGGCAUUGAUAGAUCGAGGAAUGAACCCAGUUAGUGAAUACACAGAUGAUUUAUAUUAAACAACACAACAAGGACUUAGUGUAACAAUUAUGUUAAAAACCACCUAAUGUGUUAAGAUUGGAUAAUGGUUAGUGUCAUUGUGUUGCAAAUGAAUGAAUAGAUUUUGAGUAAGUUUAGCGACUGCUAUGUUGCUGAUUGAGUUAAUUAUGUGAUAAACUUAGAAUAUGUUUAUCAUUUGUUGAUUUUGGAACAUUUUUUGAUAUGCCAUUUAUGAAUAUGAUCUGACAAACUAAGAAAUUGUGUAUCAUGUUGGAAAAAAAGGAAAUUGUUAUUUUUAUGUUGAUCUUUUGAAAUGUUUAUCAUAUGUUUAUCUAGAUGGGUUUGCCAUGUGAUAAACUGUAAAAAUAUCUUGUUUUGUGGCAAACUAUGCAUUGGUUAAUCAUUUCACUAUUACCACCUUUUAUAUCUGAAAUGGAUUGGUCCAUUCUUCAUUCUUAACAAGACACCAUAUUUUGGGAAAAUUUCAAUACAAAUGUAUAUUUAUUAACUAAAUAGUGACAGCUGCAGAAAAUGACCUGUUGCUUUGUAAAAUAAGUUGCUGUUAGCAGUGUGAGGGUUAAGGAGUUGUCUUGAAAUUUCUUCUUAUAAACUAUGAUUUAGAUUUUUUUUUCAACUAGAAUAUAGGUAUUUAAUGUGAUGAACAAGAAAAUGGUUUAUACAUGUGACAAACUUAUAGUUAUGUGAUUAAUACAGACAUGGUUUGUAAUGUGUUUAACUGGAAAUAAUCUAUCACUGUAUGUUAAACUGAACUGUUCUUUAUCUUGUGAGAGAGUGUAGGUCAAAACCCCUCCAGGACAAAAGCCCUCCCGUCUUUUGUCCGCCCAGUCAUUUUUGAGUGAGGGCUUUUGUCCGCCCUGAGGGCUUUUGUCUGCUUUUUCAUUUUUGGACGCGAGGGCUUUUGUCCGUUUUCCCUUGUGAGAUAUGUCAUAAAUAUAUUGUGUUUAUCAUGUCACUUAACAGAGUUUUAGUGAAUUUACAUGACUGCAUUCAUAAUUUAUUGCUGGGCAUUUUU